AUGUUGGCAUUGGUCACGGAUAUGGAUGCCGAUUUCAAAGCUCAAUUAGAUCAAGAACGAACGAAAGUCGAAGAUGCAUUCGACUUUCUUGGUUGUAAAGUCGGCCGAGGAACCUAUGGACACGUCUAUAAGGCAAAGAAAAAAGAUGGAAAUGAUACGCGAGAUUAUGCACUGAAACAAAUUGAAGGUGCUGGGCUGUCAACUAGUGCUUGUCGAGAAAUUUCGUUAUUACGCGAAUUAAAACAUGUUAAUGUUAUCACAUUGCAACGUGUAUUUCUGUCACAUGCUGAUCGUCGUGUUUAUUUACUAUUCGAUUUUGCUGAACAUGAUCUAUGGCAUAUUAUUAAAUUUCAUCGUUCAGCAAAACAAAAUAAGAAAACUGUUGUUUGCGCACGUGGUAUGGUCAAAUCUUUACUCUAUCAAAUACUUGCGGGAAUACAUUAUUUACAUUCGAAUUGGAUCUUACAUCGUGACUUGAAACCAGCGAAUAUUCUAGUGAUGGGAGAUGGAGUUGAACGUGGUCGAGUUAAAAUUGCAGAUAUGGGUUUUGCACGUCUUUUCAAUUCGCCACUGAAGCCGAUGGCAGAUCUGGACCCUGUGGUUGUUACAUUUUGGUAUCGUGCACCGGAAUUAUUACUUGGCGCACGACAUUACACAAAAGCGAUUGAUAUUUGGGCAAUAGGAUGUAUAUUUGCCGAGUUAUUAACUUAUGAGCCCAUAUUUCAUUGUAAACAAGAGGAUAUCAAAACAAGUACGCCAUACCAUCACGAUCAGUUGGAUCGAAUAUUCUCCGUCAUGAGUUUUCCAGCCGAUAAAGAAUGGGAGGAUAUGAAGAAGAUGCCUGAAUAUGGACGUUUAUCAAAAGAAUUCAAAAAGAGCAAUUAUACGAAUUACAGUUUAAGUAAAUAUAUGGAUAGACAUAGUAUUCGUUCAGAUAGUCGACCAUUUCAACUACUAACACGUUUACUCACGAUUGAUCCAACAAAACGACUAUCAGCUUUGGAUGCGAUGAAUGAUUAUUACUUCAAGGAUGAUCCUCGACCAACUGACGAUGUAUUCGAUAAUGUUCCAAUUCCUUAUCCAAAACGCGAGUUUAUCACCGAGGACGACUCAUCCGAUGCUGGUACACGUGUUGCUAAAACAGAACCAACAAUCAUGGCCAAAACAGAAGCUUCAUCCGUUGUUCUCACCCAACAGCAGCAGCAGCAGCAACAGCAACAACAAUCACAUGUCUCUCAUAAUCAACAACAAAUGACAGGUCAACAGCAGCAACAACAACAACAAUCGAAUAUGCAUAUUAAACAGCAACCACAACAGCAUAAUAAUAUUGUCCAACAGACACAUCCCCAACAAAUGAAAUUAAUGCAGCAACAUCAAUCGAAUAUGAAUGUCCAGGGACAACCACCAGACAAAAAAUUACGUGUUACUGGUGGUUUCACAGGUGGUGAUCCAUCGAACUAUGAUUACCAAAGAAAUGCAAAUCAACAACAACAACAACAACAACAGCAGCAAAUGUACCAGCAACAACAGCAGCGAUUUUAG